CACUUUCCAAUUUUCCCAACUGAUUGUACUGCCGGAUUUCACUAUUUCUAUCCUACCUUGUUAAUUUUCCGGGUUAUUUUCCAGCUCCGCUCUAACUACAAGUUGUUCUCUGGAGCGUAGAGUUUGAGGGCAACCUGUUUGAUUUUUUGCCUGAAAGAGAAACUAUUGUUAUUGCUCCGUAUUUGUUUUGUUUCUGGCUUUUGCUGUGGAGCCUCGCAACUAUGGAGUGUGCUGUGAUUCAUUCGCUGGGACAAACAAGCAGCUUAACCUGCUUCAAGAUGGAGAAUGGUAAUAGAGUUCAGGGGAGGAUUCGUUCCGCAAGUAUAAAGAUGGGUUUGAGGAAGGGGGCGGUCGCUUUGCGUCAUCAAGCAUACAUGAGGAAACAUGUUCCACAGCGUCCCUCUGGGGAGACACAUUGUAGCCCUAUCAGUCUGGAGGAGGAAUUUUCAGCUGUGCAAUCCCGGGACAUUACGAGGCUUGAUGAGCCCGAUGUUGAAUCUUCAGAUGUUGAUGAUGAUCUUGGCAGGCCUUUGAGUUCUGAGGAGUUAAAGGUGCUGCUAACUGAUUCUGAAAGAUUAAAUAUCCUCAAGAAAUUGAGCGAAGCCAAUCAACAUAAUCGGUUCCUAAAACGCCAGUUGCAAGCAAGGGAGGAAGAAAUGGUUGAUUUCAGGAGUGAAUUGUCUGCCAUUGAACUUGAUAUUGAGGCUUUGGUCAGUUUGGCAGAAGAAGUUGCAAGAUCUAACAUCCCAGAAGGUUCUAGAAAGAUUAAUGGAAAGUAUAUUCAAUCUCACCUCCUUUCACGUCUCAAAGCUUUAAAGGGGAAACUAAAGGAACAAGUAAAGGAUGUGGAUGCUGCUCAACCCAAGGAGGUUCCUUUAUUCUGGAUGGGUAUGGCUGAGAGUGUGCAAGUGAUGGGAUCUUUUGAUGGAUGGAGUCAAGGAGAGGACUUAUCCCCCGAGUACGCUGGUGAUUACACACAUUUCUCCACGACACUAAUGCUCAGUCCGGGAAGGUAUGAGAUCAAGUUCUUGGUGAAUGGAGAGUGGCAGCUAUCCCCAGAAUACCCCACUGUUGGUGAGGGGUUAAAGAAGAACAACCUACUGAUUGUUGAAUAAUAGUUCCACCAUUGGCCCUACCGAACACAAUUCAUGCCUUCAUGGUGUGAUAAGCCUUUCCAACAAUUAUUGUGUGCUUUAAUAAGAUGAUUUAACCCUGUUUAAAGGAUUUUAUAAGCAUGAUGAUCUCAGACAUGACUCUAUAAGCAAUUGCACUAAGGGUAG